UAUAAAUAUAUUUAAUGUUUCACUAAAAACAUCAAAUCCGGCGCAAGUAUUUAGACGUCAUUCUCGAAUGGCCAAAUACGUCAUCGGUAGAAUCUCAACCUCCUCCUCAUUCCUCUCUCUCUCUCCUCCUUCAUCUCUCUCGUCCUUCCUUUUUUUCGUCCUUCCUCUCUCGUCCUUCCUCCUGCCCAUCGCUUAAACCACCAUCAUCAACAACAACAAUAAUCCAGCUCCUGCUUGAAGCCUCCACCACCUACUACGCGCUGCAACCAUGUCGGAUGACAUGGACACGAGCGACUACAAUACACAAGCGCUGGGUGGGGUCAACUUCACCACGGAUGACCCCUUCGGGGAGAGCGGAGAAGACCUGUGGCCCCCUGACUACGAAGAGGACGAGGAGGAGGAGGACGACAUUGCCUAUGAGGGCAUGGACGAGUCGUCUGCUGCUGCUGCUGUUGCUGCAGUGCAGGAGGAGGGGGUGAAGGCUGAGUCAGGGAUUGGCGAUGCCUCUGAGGCCGUGGAGAUGAGCGACAUGGACGGAGAUACUGCAGUCACAGACAUCGACUGCUCGACAGAGGAAUGCCUUAAUGAUAAAGCGCAAGGGCCACUGAUCGGAGCCCUUUUGGAGAAUUUGGCAGCGGAUAUGCCCAUAUUGGGCCUGAGUUUUCUCACCGAACACCAAAGUGGGGACGGAGCUUUCAAGCAGCCGCAUUACGUGUGCGGCUUGUGCUGUCCGGAAGGUUACAUGCUCAUGAAGCCAACUGUGGACCAUAUCCGUGGGUUCAAGCACAUCUACAAAUACCUGAAUACUUUCUACCCAACCAAGCUGGCCACUGCCGAGGUUGACAGCGUCAAGACGGCUGAAAACAUAAAGAAACUCAUGCCGAUAGCUAAGGAGGUGAUGGAGACUGAGGGUUGGUCACUUGAGCAGGUAAACAUAAAUAAAAUGACCGCAAAAGUUGUGGAUGAAAAUGGUCACUCACCAAAAAUAGUGAAGCUGGAAGGGAAAGGUUUUCAAGAUCACCUAGAUGCCCAGGACAAAUCGGAGCCUUACUUAGGCUUGGAGUUAAUCAUGGAACAUCGUAACGGCAACUGCCCCUCUCAGUCCUACUUUUCAUGCGAACUUUGCAAUGUCUCUUCAACCAUGUUCAACAUCAUUGUUCACCUUAUCAGCGUCAAGCACAGAAUGAAGUAUAUCCGAACCUAUCAUCCGGACAAUGACGUUUCCGUUCAAGCGGAAAUGUCAAAGACGGAGAGAGCAGAUGUGGUGCGGAAAGAAGCUGAGCGGAUCCUAAAAGCUGAGGGGCCCAAGACAUUCAAAUUGAAAAUUGAAAAGGGCGACUCAUUCAAGCCGCCUGUUUGCUUCCCCAAUGUAGACAGCACUAAAGCCACAAAGAGAUCAACAGAAGUGAAGGAGACCCUGAAGCAUAAAGUGGCCCAGUGUGGCCAGGGUCUCAACAACUGGUCAUUCCCUGGAACGAUGGGAAGAGGGAUGCCACGCGGUGGUUUCGGGGGGCCCGGGGGGCCGCCUGGGCGAGGGAUGCGUGGACGAGGAUUCGGAGCGUUCGCAGGCCGCGGGGGAGGGCCUGCAGAACGCGCUGGGUUCGCGGGCCGCGGAAUGCUCGGAGGGCGGCCGUACAGCAGAGGUCACCCGCCCGGGCCUCACUCACAUGCCAACUCCUGGACAAAGUACAGACAGGACCCGGAUAUGUAUUAUUCUGACAGAAACAACUACGACUGGCAUGAAUUCCGGCCAUCACCUAGGAGGAGGAUUACCAACCUGGAUGUUUUGAACUCGCUCGUGAACUUCAAGAUCUGUGGGGAAGAAGAAGCAAGCGUGGCCCUGAAGGCUUCGAACGUUCUCGCACAAGCGCUGUUGCAAUAUCGCCUCCACGACAACCACAUGAAGGAUGGUUUCGUGGAUGCCCGUGCAGGCAAUAAGCUUCACAGGCAAAUCCCCUCGUUAUUGAGGGGCUCUCCGCUGAGAGGCUGCGCGCCCAGGAUGGGGCAGCCAGGAUUCAAGACCCGGGACUUCCCGUCGCCACGCCAAAAAGUCUACAACUCUGGCUACACUUCAUUUGAAAACUACAGACCGUACUAGUCGUCGGAAAUCUCCCGUCCCUUGACCGACAGCCGUUGACUUCUUCUUUGUUUUUACUUAACUCCCCGAUAACAAUGCCACGUGCUAUGGCUUUCGACAUUCCAAUCCACGUCAUGUACGCCAACUUGGCGGAUAUUAAAUUGUACACACCCAUGCAAAUGCAGUAAACACAGAGAUCUUAAUGCCAUAGGUGUUUCCACCGUGCGUGCAUUUGCUAAAGUCCGCAUACAGAACCUAACAGUGGCUGCUGGUCUUACGUGGCAAUUAAGCAAGUUUACAACAGUGUGAAGGACAGAGGGGAGUCCAGAGUCGCAAGUAGUUUGAGUGGAAAUCUCAUUCAUUAUUGAUUUUGAUAGAAGAAGUUGUAUUAAAAUCAGCUGGUCUCUUAUACCCCUUAUCCACUGCACAACCAAGCCGUGCCGAGUCAGCUCGGCACAUGUUCAAAGGGGCGCCAGUGUUGUUUUUUUUCCACUGCAGAACCCAAGCCGUGAACACUAGACUCCACGCGCAAUUAACGCUCUGAGAUGCGUGCAGGCGAAGCAGUGGUGCCGUCCUCACAGUGGGCCACGUGCAUUAGGCCCCGUGAAUGACCCUGCUUGGCCCAAAAAGCCAGAUGUCUGUUGAGGCCCAAAGUAUCACGGUUUGCUUCUGGCUCCGCGUGGAAAAAAAGUCAGUGGAAAAAGCCACGUGUUCUGGUGAGGUCCCCCCGUGCUGGCUCGGCCCAGAUGUGCCGGUGGAACAGUGGUGUAAGGGGCUUUGUGGGGCAUGGGCAAGUGUUGGGGAUGCAUUCACAUUUUCUGUAUUUGUGUACAUUGCGUUUUCCAUCUUUGUUCUAAAUCAUAUUGAUUUUAUUGGCUACAGGAGAUGUUAUUAAGUUAGAUUUUACUGACCUUUCAAAUAAGCCACGGUUUAGUGGUUCAUUGGCCCAGCUCAGAGGUCGCAAACGGGUUUUGAUUCCUUACCCGUACCCAUACUCGGCCACACCAGGGUCGCAAAUGGGUACCCGUACCCGUACCCGGCUGGGUACGGGUAGCCGGGUAUCGGGUAGGGUACGGGUAUCGGGUACCCGGUUGUGACCUUUGACCCAGCUUCAUCUCCUUCAGUGACGUGCUGAAGAGGAACUCGGUCUGGACAGUGUCGGGGGAUGACCGCAGUCCUAUUCUUGGAAGACAAAAAGCAAAAACCCCAGACAUUGUUGAUAGUGGCGUAAUAUUGAAACUUGUUUUUGGGUUCAAAUGAGAGAUUUAAGUUAUUUAAAUGACCUAAUUUUACUGGGAUGUGAUAUUAUUUAUCUGCAUAGUUUGUUUUGUAGCUUGUGGCCAGACUCAAUUGUACACACACACACUCACGUACGUAUAAUAUGCAUCAGCGGGAGAUGGGAGCUUCCUUUUGGGUGAGCAAGUGGAAAAAUAUUUAGCAAUCGGAUAAAAGUUACAGAGCUGGGAACAGGAUAGAUAUUUGAAUCUAUGUGGAGUCCAUGAAAAUUGGGGGAAAAAAAGAAAACCCUAGAUUAGCCAUCUAUAAAUGUCUUGGUACAUUUUUAGCAUGAGGCUAUGGGUGAGGAUAUCAAAACUUAUGAUGAAGGAUAAAUAGAAAGCUUCGCCAAUUGGGAGCCAGUUAUUUACGACGUUUUUUCUCUCUCGUCCUGCCGAGUUGGGUCUUUGCGGCUGUGUCGUGCAGCUCUGCGAUUUGUUUUUUUUUCCGUACCGCGCUUGUUGUUCGGCACGAUGUCCGUUGUCUAUCGCUCCAUGCGCUCGGGAGUUUCUUUUAAGGAAGUGAAUCGGUUCGGUUGAACAUCACGAAUUCGGGAAACUUGCAGAAAAAACACAACACCAACGGAGAGCUGUUUACAUCACUCCGGCGAGAGACUCAUCGCGGCCUUGUGUAACGACACGCCGGUUUACGUCGUUCCCUACCGCCCACGAUGUGCGCGUCGAAAUGGCAUUCGUGUACCGCCCUCUUCUUGAACCCACCGUUGGAGCGAGGGACUCCCAGCACUGCGUGGAUCGUGAGGGUUAUCGUGUCCAACAGCACAACGCCACAACCCGAAAACAUCGGAAAGUUAUUGACAAUUUUUUUAAAUGCAUUUUUCCCCCGCAGUAUGAAACGUUUUCUUUUUUUAACUUUAAUACAGUGCUGUGGUAGAGCAGUUUCUCUGCACUGAAUAACGACAACAAAAAUGUGUGUUUUGCGAAUACUGCGUUUUGGUACAUUUUAUGAAGGUUUUCCAAUGUUUUCGAGUAGACGUGUGGGUCUUCUAUCGUACAGUUUGUCUUCGAUUAAAGUUACUUGCAGGCUUUUGGCCUUGCAAAUUGGUUUCUUCUCAACGUUGAAGAUAUACUUACUGGAAGUCUAAAAAUCAUCAUCUUAGUUCUCCAUGGAUCGCCCGUGUUGUGUUCCUUCACGUUUCAUAAGUAAAGCUUUUUGGGGUCCUUGGGAUGGAAUGCGCAUUAUAAAUUUGAAUUAUAAGUACUAUACAUUUGAAAUAUUAUCGACAACUAACGAUAGAUGAAAAUAACCUUUUGUGUUUUUUACAUACUGCUUAGUUGUGUAUCGAUCACAAGAGGCUGGAUGUCAUUACUUGGAAUAAGGUGAUCUCACAUUUAUGACAGAUCACUACAUUUACAUUGCAAAUGUUGAAACCCUUUCACAUUUGAGACGCAUUUUCCUGAAUUGUACAAAAUAUAUCCAGUUCACUACAUUCACAUUAGACCUCUCAAAUUCAGGCCAUGGUUGAGGUAGUAUAUUAUUGCACAUGCAUGUCAAGAGGUCUGCGAUACCAGAGAUUGUGGUAAAAGUCGAUGGUUGUGUACGUUCAAUUGUCUGUGCUUGGUUGUGUUUCAUGCCGGCUCUUGCUGUGGUUGUGUUCUCUGCAUUGCUCAUGCUUGAGUAUUCGCACCUUUCCCCAACUACGCUCUGUGCUUUUGUCGUCGUCGUCAUCACUGGACACCUUUAUACUUUGCCUCCCGUAGAGUGCAUGCGGCAGAGGAGCCCCUGUGAGGCAUCAAGUCAACGCAGGAACAGGCCAGCAAGCGGCCAUUAUACAUGUAGCAAUUUGGCCUCCCAAUUAAUUAAUUUGCAUAUUUCGAUUUAAAGCUUUCGUGACUGCAGGGAUUCCUAUUCUUGGGUCUUUCGGUAAAGUCACGUAGAAGGGAAAUAAUACGUGACUUUACCGAAAGAACCAAGAAUAUAAUUUGCAUAUUUAUCAAAUUUUGUAGCGUGAUCCGGCACACAUGGCCGACUCGCUUGUUUUGUAAGUCGUGGGAUAUCUUAAAAGCCAGCGGUCAAACAGACGCAUAGUUGAUAAACACGCGAGGUAUUAACCAGGGCGGUCGCUUGGCUCGAACCGAUUUCAUCGUUCAAACUCCCCAGUCGAUAUCCCCUCGGGCGUAUUCCCUCCCUUGGAUGGUGCUCUGCCGUAAGUCUCGACCGCUGGCUAGGUAAAGCCCACUCAAAUGUCUCGUUUUUCUUAACGGUGUGAUAACUUUUGUACCUUCUACAAUCUGUGUGUUCCACAUCUUGGUGCAAUUCCAAGCGCGCCCCCAGCAUGCACUCCUCCGCCUGUUUAAUUUUGCUUUUGAAUGUCACGGCGGGUAACAAAGACAAAGACCACCCGUAUAGCCUUCACAGACUGUAGGGGCAAGUGCUGCUAGCGAGCACCUAUAAAGGCCGGCACGGCACACGAAGGGGUGGGUGGCCAACACCACGCCCGGCCGCAUUUGUCUCCCUAACGGCGAUGUUUACAUCGCACCAGGUACUCAUUUGUGGCUGAGUCGACCUAGGGGAGGCCCAGGACCGGUUCAGAUAAUCGUCACUGGGUGUUCGCCGAGAGCGGGAAUCGAACCCGGGUCGCCAGAUUGGUAGCGGUAGUGUAGUGGCAGCGUGCUAACCACUACACCACCGCUCCCCAUAACGGCGGGUAACAACAAACACGCUCGCACGCGCACAUUGCAUUGUGUGUGUGCGCGCCUGUGUGCCAUUCGUCCUUGGGUAGCUGGAGGUGCAGUGUACGUACCCCAGUGUGUGCCCAUAAGGUCAACUAUGCAUGUGCCAUUGCGUGCUUGACCUCUGGAUUCACAUGGUCGUGCAUUAUAAAAACAAAGAACAAUGUUUGUGGAGUUGUCUCCAACAAAAAAAGUUUUGCUCGCCCAGCAAAUUACAUACUAUUUGUUUUGUAUGCCGGUAAUGGGUAGUUUUUAAUUUAUGAAAUAGUCCGUUUGAUCUCUUACCUAUUUCCUGCCACGGUGUAAUGGGCAGCACAACCGGAGUUAAAAUCCAGACGUUGCCGGCUCGAUUCCAUCUCGCCACGUGGCAGGUGAAACCGUUGGGACAUUACUCGGUGCCUCUGUUCAACUCGUCGUAUGAAUGGUUACACUACAGUCGAUGGGCAGGUCGUGUGCAUUGGGGUAAAAUGUGUGGGUACCCUCACCUUGUUCCCAGAACAGUCGGGCAAAAACACCCUCGAGAGGGGCUCUCUGGAGGUGCCUCCUAGUGGAGGCCUUCCUCCAGCAGUGGCACAAGCAAGGCAUUUUUUUUAGGCCUCCACCUUUACCUUUUUGACAUUUUACCCCAUGUACCUAUGUCUGUGUGUCUGUAUUUCACACUUCUGUCAUUAAGGACAUGAGAGUCCCCACCACUUUAACAACGACAGUAUGUUACAAAAUUAAUGCACACUUCUGUGUUUAGGGAAUCAAGUCAUGAAGCUAUAACAUCAACUAAAUAUGCUAAAAUGUGUCGAAAUUUUGCUUGCUUUUAUCAAAAAGCAAAUUAACUGGUACAUGAGUCCCACGUGACACUUGAUUUGAUUGGCUUCGGUGGAGGGUUCUGGGUAAAAUAUACAUACUUAGAUGACGAUCUAACCAUAAAUAAACUCAAGCAACAUCAACUAAAAUGUACCGAAGUAUACACUGACUGUCGAGGUGAUGAUUGGAUUAUAAUUAUAUAAUUAUUCGCUUUCAUCGAUAUCAUCACAAUAACAGAGUUCUUAGAGCGUUGAGUAUAACAUUGUGCAUGUUAAUUAUUCAAUAAUAUUAAUUUGCACUUAUUAGGCGCCUUGCACAGCAGUCUUUCAAAGCAAUACAAAGCAUUAGCACAUGUAUGUAUGUCUUGGUGAUAUUGCAGAGCUCUUGAUAUGAAUGUGAAGACAAGUGUGUACACCUUUGCAUGACCAUGUAAAGGCAUGAUCUGUCGUCUGGUGGAGUCACACGAUGUCCACUUCGUCACACUCCUAUAGAUCAUUUUGACAUUUACCCGUAUCUAGCCAUGCAUAAGGCCGGAUUCACGCAAGAGCUGUAGCCCGGGGUCGAAGAUAUUUUGAGGUUCCUCCAAAAGUAUAUAGUUUUAUGGUGGUUAAAACGUAAUACUGUACCAGCGUAAUCGAUCCUAUCGGGGCAAAUUGGCCAUUAAAACCAUCCCAUCGCUAUGUGUGCCGAAAUGAAAAAUUGUGUUCGUUUUCACUUACUCAGCUUUACAACUUGUACGGCGCCUUUAAAAACCUGGAACCGACGACCAAGGUUCAUAACAGUGGAGUGUUUUGAAUUGGCCGAGUGCUGGUCAAAAUUGCAGGGAAGGAAUUGUAUUUUAAUCGAUGGCCUCCCAUGAACUAAAUCAACUCUAGGCACCCUCCCUCAACCUUAAUCUUGGUCAUGACCACAUACAAAUAAUGGAUUGAACUUCUUCCAUCGGAGGUCAGCUGGAGCGCAUUCCAUUGCUAGGUUCAUAGGUUACGUUCAAAGGGAACGUGCUCCUGUUUGGGCCACGGUUCAUUUGACCUGUACAUAUUACUGUCCACACAAGAGGCGUCCCUCUAGGGUACACGGCGAAUCGGGGCGACCGCCCUGGGCCCCGCGCGCUUUUGGGGGGGGGGGGGGGGUGGGAAGCGUGCUUUGAUUUCACGGUGUCGGGAUGAAAUACUGAUUUGCCUCGGCCCCGCAUCUUCACCCCCCUCCCUCCCCCCCAUGGGCCGCUUUGCUUGACAGUAGAAAUAACGCCAUUGACAUCCCUUUUGGCUUUACCAUAUACAUGUUGCCUCUCGUGCCGGUCAACAGCAUAAGAGCAUGAGAUGUAAAUGUACUUUUUGAUAUUACAUUGCGAAAAUAGCUUAAACGUUCAAACAAAAAUACCCAAUUGGCAAAUGGCAACGCUCGCUUGCAUCGAAGAUUCUACUAUUUCUUACCGUUUUUACUUUUUAGAUGGGGAUGUAACGAAGCGUUGAUAAACAUCGAUUUAUUGGGAGGCAUGUUGUGUUCAUGGCUUCUCGUGACGCCCUCCGUCCACUAAGAGGCUGCUACAUGUCACCGUACUGUCACGUGAAACAAGAGUCGAUUGUUUUGCUCGCAAAUCCUUGAACGGCGACAUUUCGUUAUAAAGCUGCCGUCAUAUUUUUUGGAUACCCCAAUCGUUGCACCUUCUUUUACACUCCGUGUUGCGCGUAUGUGAACACGCGUGUAACGUUAACAUUGUACACGGUCAUUGAAUACGCAGUACGACAGUUUGCAUGUACGUGUUCGUUUUGUGAUCGAAAUUUGUUUUGUACUGUUUAUAUUUUUUUACACGAAUGCAAAUCUCAUUUGUGUAGGGCACUGGAACGUCUACUUUGAAUACAAACCACCGAGAAAGAUCAGCCAUUCACUGGUUACACCAGCAGAGUUACAAAUGGUGUGUUUCGCAUUCGGAGAUUAAUGCACUCCUCCUUAUUGAGCGUUUUUUUGCCAAAUGACAUUUCCUGUUGGAGGAGUAACCUUUUCACUUUUUACUGGUUGUGUUAUGCUCGAAAUAAAACUGUUAUACUUCA